AUGGCUCGCUACAUCGUCGCUAGCCUGCUCGUUCUCCUCGCUGCAGCGUCUUUUGUAGACGCAGGCAACGGUAACGACAAUAGAAAGGGUAACUCGGGUAACCCGCCGGGCAAAUCGGGUAACGCGCCGGGGAAGGCGAAGAAAAGAGGCCACCUGUGUGUCGAUGGCUGCGACUACGAGAAGGGCUCCUUCGACUACUGGAAGGUCCCCGAGUACAAGGAGUGCAUGUCCAAGGCCACUAAGGAUACCGCCCCGUGGUGCGCGGCCGGCGCAGUGAACGCGAAGGACUGCUGCGACCGCUGCAAGAAUCCCGGCACCACCCUGGACGGGAAGCCCUACGAAUGCAAAUACUGGGUGCACAUCCCAUCGUCGCCCAGCGAGGGCAAGUGCAACGGCAAAAACUGCGGCAAGUGCCUUCUCUUGCCGAACCUCGAUUCCCUCAUGCCCACUAAGAGCGACAAGAAGGGCUGCGGCGGAAAGAAGGUGAAGGACUAUGAGACCAGUGCCGUCACCGCCACUGACUGCCGCUUCUCCGCCUUUAACGGUCAGGAGCUGCCCCUGUCUGCGUAA